AGACUCGCGUUGUUGGACUAAAUAAAUUAUUCACCAUAUAAAAGUCCAACGAUAAAUAUUGCACGAUUGCCGUAUUAAAGAAACUGAUUAUAAUUGCACAAAAAUACGGCUACUCCACCCUUCUGCAGGACAUUUAUACAUGGCGUACGCGAUUUGUCCCAGAUUCGCGAUAUUAAACAAUCAAAUCUCAAGUAGGUACCAAUGAUUAUACCUAACAUGAGAAGAAUCAUCGAAUCCAGCAUCAUCAUAGUGUUUAACGAGCGUAAUGUAAAAUGGAAUUAAACAAUGUUGUUAAGACGUAAACAUGUUUUGGGUAUAUUGUGGACUCUUUGUUCUCGUGAUUGCUGUACCUGGAUUUACUAGCAGCGCCGACAGCACUUCGAAGCGAGAGGCCGACUAUACUUUAGAUGAUUCCUUUUGGAAUGAAGAAAGUCCUGUUGGCGAGGUUGAGAGAUUACUACGCGAAUAUAGACAAAACCAAGAGCUAGUACGAAAUAUCGGGGCUCAUUACUAUCAGAUAAUAUACCCGGUCCAGUUGCGGCAUCACGAGAAAAUGGGAAUAUCCACAAGAGAAGUUGGGGCCAAGAACCCACCGAGAAACGGACACGUGGGAGACAACAGCUAUCAGAAUCAAAGAGGACGAUCACGCACGGGAAAACACUAUCAUCGGACGUCCAUUCUUCUCAAGGCCUUCAACCAUAAAUUUCGUCUAGACUUAGAAUUAAAUACGCAACUCUUAGCUCCAAAUUUGAUGCAGAAGCACUUUUUGCCAAGCGGUGUGGAACAAGUAUCGAAUCAGGAAAUCGAGCAUUGUUUUUAUCAUGGAACGGUCAAGGAUUACCCGGGAGCAAGUGCGGCUUUUCAUACCUGCGACGGUGUGAGCGGUGUUAUUCAUCUAGGCAACGAAACAUUCGUCAUGCAUCCUUUCUACGGCGGUGAUAUGUCGCAGAAACAUCCACACGUCAUAUUUGAAGCUCGUACAAAGGCUAACAAAGGCUGCGCAAAUCUGGUUAAUAAUCGUCCGCCAAAAAAUCGUCGGCAAAAACAUAUCCUCGGCCUUUCCGAAGACACAUUUACACGGUACAAACGUGACGUUCGCGAGGCAACGAAGUACAUCGAAACAGCCAUGAUAAUCGACAAGGCCAUGUUUGACAAGAGGAAUGGCAGCACGAGAAUGCAAGUCGUCUACGACGCGAUACAGGUUGCAAACAUUGCAGAUUUGUACUUUCGCACCCUGAACACAAGAGUGUCUGUAGUCUACAUAGAAACGUGGCUAGGAGGUAACAAGGCGUCGAUAAACAAGAGCAGCGAAAUAAAUAAGGCACUUGAGAACUUCAGCGAUUAUACAAAGAGGAGACUUUUCAGGGUUGAGAAGGACACUACGCAGCUACUUACGGGCGAAACAUUCCACGGAGAAUCGGGCAUCGCGGUACCGGAAACGGUAUGUUCAGACACCUCGGUGGGAAUAAGCGUCGACCUGAACAGUUACGAGCCUCACCUAGUGGCCGGUACGAUGGCCCAUAUGAUUGGCCACAACAUCGGAAUGCGUCACGACAACGGGAGAGAGCAAUGCGUCUGCAAGGACUGGCACGGUUGUAUAAUGGCCCAGUCGAUAGUAGGCCUGGAAAAUGUUCAACCUUAUAAAUUUUCCGGAUGCAGUAAAUCGGACUACGAAGACGCGUUGAGACAAGGCCACGGUAUUUGUCUUCUCAACAAACCAAACGAGCUGGCAUCGUCGGUGACGGGGACUUGUGGUAACAAGAAAAUCGACGACGGUGAAGACUGCGAUUGCGGUACGAUAGAAAAUUGCCACGAAAAAGAUCCUUGCUGUGAUCCGAUCACCUGCAAACUAACUUCCGAAGCGGAAUGCGCUGGAGGUCCGUGCUGUGACAACUGCAAGCUUCGUGCUCGGGGCGUCGUUUGCCGAGAGUCAACAAACGAGUGCGACCUCUCCGAGGUGUGUUCCGGUGAAUCGGGCCAGUGUCCGGUCGACGUCUACAAGAAAAACGGAAGCCCCUGCGACAACAACGGCGGAUAUUGUUUCGACGGGGUUUGCCCGGCCCUUAAUCUACAGUGCGAACAGGUCUGGGGAUACGGCGGUAUCGCCGCCGACAAACAGUGCUUUGAGCAGUUCAAUUCCAAGGGGGCGAUAAACGGCCAUUGCGGUACCGACUCGAGUGGUCAUCUGGUCAAGUGCGAGGCAGAGAACAUUCAUUGCGGUUCGCUGCAGUGUCAAUCCGGCAAUAAGCAGCCGGUGAUUUCCGGCAUGGAUCAGCUUUACUCGAGAACGAUAAUCAGCAUAAAGGGUCAAGACUACGAGUGCAAGUCGACAACAGGAACCGUUGAGGGCUCUGAAAUGCCGGACAUGGGUCUGGUCAGAGACGGGACAACGUGCGGCGACAAUCUGAUAUGCGUCAAUCAGACAUGCACCAGUCGCUUUCCACACGAGCAUACUGGCAAAUGUCCUACAAAUCGUGACGACAACGAAUGCUCUGGAAAAGGAAUAUGCACGAACAGAAAUAAAUGCCACUGUAAUCACGGAUGGGCAGGGCCAGACUGUUCGAUACUUCAGGAGCUGACAACAGCGGGGCCAAUAACAUCCAGCACAGCAGUGUCUGGUAAAUCUGGCCUAGAGAGUAAAAUGGCGAAGAAAGAAACCCCCUACGAGAACUACCACGGCUCAAACACUAUAUUUUUAGUUGGUAUGCUCAUGUCGGUGGUAGGGGGUGUUUUCAUAGUAUUUGCUCUGAUGGCUCUCUGCUACAGGUCAGUCGUAGUACAUAAAAACUUCUCCCUCUGUCUCAGAAGGAAAAGCACCAUACAAAAAUACGAUCCGCCAUAUUUAAAAAAACCAGCACAGAAAAACUACACAGGCGUAUCCGGCAACCACAACCCCGAGGACGCCGCCCUUGACAGAGUCAACAAGAUGCUCACAUUCGGCAGCAUGCCGUCCUACAGCCGCGACGAGAGCCAGCGCGUCCUGUUCCGACCCAUGAAUAACGUCGUCGCCGCGGACGGGACACGGCUAAAGGAGCAUAAACCGCAGACGAAGAGGUCGGGAAUCGAAGUGGAAGACGGAGGUACGGGAGCCGAGGAGGCUGUCUCUUUCAUUGAUCUCCCACCAAACAGUCUCGCAAAGUUGCCUGAGAAAGGAAUUUUAAAGAAACACGGUGGUUAUGGUAUUGUAAUGCCUGAUAGUUGUAUAAAAGAAAAGUGGGCCGAUGUCGACUCACACGAAUCGGAUAACCAAGACGCGAUAAUGUCCCAGUCGGAAAAUAACUUGGGUGGCUUGUUAGGUAUAGGGGGUGGUGGAACGAUAUCGGAGGUUGAAAGGACACUAAAAAGCUUAAACGGUUACCACGAGGACAUAAUAGAGGCCCUGCGAAAUGCCGCAUCGCAUCGGGGCCUCGCGACAACGCCGUCGGGGAGUUGCAGCCUCCUCAACGAGGACGCUGUCAGGAAGUCGUUGGCCGACUGCGGCUAUGCCGAUUCCUACGGCAAGUGCUCGGACAGCCAGGAAAAUAUGUGCGACAAUAUACGCGACGAUCAUUCGGAGAAUCGCGACGACGAGGACGACGACGGUGCCGUUCCGCCUUGCGGUCCGAUACGCAUAAGGAACCUCGAGGACCUCAUAAGACAGCUGGAACACCAUUCGACGCGCAACAUGAGUCCGAGCGGUUCCGAGGACAUUCGGAUAUCCGAGAGCGAUCGGCAGUACAGGAUAGACUCUUCCGUAUGCAGCGAGUCUUCCCAAGGAAGUCGACGGUGCAGCCGGGGACGCGACGACGAUUCGAGAUUUGUUUACGCCAGAUAUCGACAGCCAUCGUCAGGUCGCAGUCCUUACGGAACUCACCAACGUCCGCUCGGACAUCAGAUGCACGAAGAGGAAGGUAUAUACGAAACUGCGGACCCCGACAGGGGCUCCAACAACAGGGGUGAAACACCAGACAGCGAAAGUGAUGCAUUUAUUCAAGCUCAACAACAAUUAGCCCGGUGGACGAAUGAAGAUGGAGUUCAAUAUCGACCGCCGCAGCAGAGCCCACCCUUCCCAGCGUCAUCAAUGGGAAUAACGAUUCAUCAGCCGCACCUGAAACUGCUACUGCAAUUGAGAAAACGAGAGGAACUCCAGCGGCAGAAGAAGCAAGCCGAACUGGAGACGGAGAAAAAGGGAGAGGAAGGACAAGAGGAAGAAUUGGAUGUGGAGUAUCAGGAAGAGCGAAAAGAUGUGGAGGAUUCGGAACAACGACAGCAACAGGGAACGGAAAAUCAUCCGAUAAAACAUCGCGGCUAUUAUCCCUCCCCGCCCCAUUCAGAAAAUGGCCUCCACGACAUGCACGUCGAAAAGGAGGCAAUAAAUGCUCAAUCCCAACAACAAAACCCCCCCGAAAUUCAUGAUGGAAUCGAUGUAAAUCACAUGCCUAAUGUUAACAAUUGCCCACUAAACGACGAAGACGACGAUGAUAAUUUUAGUCUAGAUUGUAACAUAAAGAACGAUUCCCAGAAAGAAUUAUUAAAUACCAACAACACUAGUAAUAAUGAAAAUACUGCCCUACUGCCCCCUUCGCAUUUUCCUGAGUACAAGCAUUGAUAAUUAUUAAUCGAUGACAGAUAGUGUCCAAAACAUAGUGGUGUGAUUUAAUCUUGAACUCGCAUUUUAUACUGAGAAAUAGUGUACAUAACGAUAAACUAUAAUUGCAACAACAGGUAUUAAAUUAUAAUAUAAAAUUAAAAUAAUCUAUAUGAGGAAAAAAAUACGAAUGUUUAUUAAUAAACAUUAAUAAAACACUU